AUGGCGUACAAAAUGGUCGGCCGAUCUCGCGCGGGUCUCGCGCUCGCGCUCGCGCUCGCGCUCGCCGCGCUCGCGGCGUCUCAAGAUACCGAUGGAACCAACUUUGUCGGUUCAAGUUCCGUUGUACCCGACGAUUCAGCGACGACACCCGACGACACCAUCGAUCCAUUAAACGCCGAGGCGAUCGUGACCUUGACGAUGAUCGAAGACCCUUUUCGUUUGGACGGCGCGGAUUGGUCCGAGUCGUCGAUGGACGACGCGUCGCGGGACGUCACCGUCGACGACGCGACAGUUCUCGAAGUUCUCGAUUUGGCGUUUCACGGGGGAUCGACAAUCACUUCCCACGAGCACUUUCCACGUCGAUUCGGGCCGCGUGAUAUUGAUUUCGUGACUUCGUUUGACGUUGAGCCUUUCGGUAUCGUCGAUCGGCGAUGCGAAUGA